AUGGCGCGGCAGCAGCUGGAGGUGCUGAGCGCCCUGGACGCGGCCAAGACGCAGUGGUACCACUUCACGGCGAUCGUGAUCGCCGGCAUGGGCUUCUUCACAGACGCCUACGACCUCUUCUGCAUCUCCCUCGUCACCAAGCUCCUCGGCCGCAUCUACUACUACCGGGAGGGCUCCCCGGAUCCGGGCUCCCUGCCGCCCCACGUCGCCGCCGCCGUCAACGGCGUGGCAUUCUGCGGCACGCUCUCGGGCCAGCUCUUCUUCGGCUGGCUCGGCGACAAGAUGGGGCGGAAGCGCGUGUACGGCAUGACGCUCAUGUGCAUGGUGGCGUGCUCCCUGGCGUCGGGCGUCUCCCUGGGCCGCUCUCCGGCCGCCGUCAUGGGCACGCUCUGCUUCUUCCGCUUCUGGCUCGGGUUCGGCAUCGGCGGCGACUACCCGCUCUCCGCCACCAUCAUGUCCGAGUACGCCAACAAGAAGACGAGGGGCGCCUUCAUCGCCGCCGUCUUCGCCAUGCAGGGGUUCGGCAUCCUCACGGGCGGCGUCGUCACGCUCGUCGUCUCGGCGGCCUUCCACGCGGCGUUCCCGUCGCCGGCGUACCAGGACGGCGCGGUGCCGUCCACGCCGGCGGAGGCCGACUACGUGUGGCGCGUCAUCCUCAUGUUCGGCGCCAUCCCGGCGCUGCUCACCUACUACUGGCGGAUGAAGAUGCCCGAGACGGCGAGGUACACGGCGCUGGUGGCCAGGAACGCAAAGCAGGCGGCGAGCGACAUGUCCAAGGUGCUGCAGGUGGACAUCGUCAGUGGUGGCGAUGCCGGCGACCGCCAACACGAUGAAUUCGGCCUCUUGUCGUCUGAGUUUUGGCGGCGCCACGGCCUCCACCUCCUCGGCACGACCAGCUGCUGGUUCCUGCUGGACAUCGCUUUCUACUCGCAGAAUCUGUUCCAGAAGGACAUCUUCAGUGCGAUCCACUGGAUCCCCAAGGCGCGCACCAUGAGCGCGCUGGAUGAGGUGUACCGCAUCGCGCGCGCGCAGACGCUGAUCGCGCUGUGCGGCACGGUGCCGGGCUACUGGUUCACGGUGGCGCUCAUCGACGUGCUGGGGCGCUUCAAGAUCCAGAUGAUGGGCUUCGCCAUGAUGACCGUCUUCAUGCUGGGGCUGGCCAUCCCCUACCACCACUGGACCACCCCGGGCAACCACAUCGGCUUCCUCGUCAUGUACGCCUUCACCUUCUUCUUCGCCAACUUCGGGCCCAACUCCACCACCUUCAUCGUGCCCGCCGAGAUAUUCCCGGCGAGGCUGCGGUCCACGUGCCACGGCAUCUCGGCGGCGGCGGGCAAGGCGGGCGCCAUCGUCGGAUCCUUCGGCUUCCUGUACGCGGCGCAGAGCAGGGACGAGUCCAAGGCGGAUCACGGCUACCCCGCGGGCAUCGGCGUGCGCUGCUCGCUCUUCGUGCUCGCCGUGUGCAGCCUCCUGGGGCUCGCCUGCACGCUCUUGGUGCCCGAGUCCAAGGGAAAGUCGCUCGAGGAGCUCUCCGGCGACAACCACGACCAACAACCACCGGCGCACGCAAGAACCAUGCCCGUCAUCGUCUAA